UACGCUAACAUCGCUCCACGGCUCCGCGUCUUGGGUACCAAUCGGCACAACAACCUCCGAUCUCUUAGACGCACAGGUCCUUCUUCGCAUUUCAGAGUUUAUAUAUUAUUAACUCGAAGCAUGUCAAGAAUCACGGAGAAUUCAGACUGUGACGACUGUAACUAUCCCGCCCACGGGGGAAAUGACUCGGUAUCGCGCGUGCAUUCCACCAUGGAUGAGGACGACGAACUUCUGAGAUACAUUUGGACCGAUUACUUACACCCAAAGGAGUACGAGUGGGUUUUAAUAGUGGCUUACAUAGUUGUGUUCUUUGUGUCACUGAUCGGAAACUCGCUUGUGUGGAAAAAUCGUCACAUGCGCACAGUGACCAACUACUUCAUAGUAAACCUCUCCCUGGCUGAUGUGCUGGUCACCAUCAUUUGUCUGCCUGCAAGUCUUGUGGUUGACAUCACAGAGACUUGGUUUUUUGGUGAAACUCUUUGCAAAAUCGUCCCCUAUCUCCAGACCAUCUCUGUUUCGGUGUCCGUUUUGACACUGAGCUGUAUUGCUCAAGACCGUUGGUACGCUAUCUGUCACCCGCUUAAGUUCAAGAGCACAGCCAAGAGGGCUCGCAAAAGUAUCAUUGCCAUCUGGGUGGUGUCGUGCAUCAUCAUGAUACCACAGGCCAUUGUGAUGGAGUGCAGCAGCCUGCUGCCUGAACUUACAAACAAAACCAGCCUGUUCACAGUCUGUGAUGAACACUGGGGAGCUGAGGUCUACCCAAAAAUCUACCACACUGGCUUCUUCAUUGUCACAUAUUUUGCUCCAUUAUGUCUGAUGGUCCUGGCUUAUAUUCAGAUUUUUCACAAGCUGUGGUGCCAACAGAUUCCUGGAAACACAUCGGUGAUUCAGAGGAAUUGGAGGACUAUCAAGUGCUCCGCUUCAAGUUCAGGAUCAGGAGAGUCUGGAGGGGUGAAGACAGUUUCCGCUGAGAUCAAACAAAUCAGAGCCAGACGCAAAACAGCUCGCAUGCUGAUGGUUGUGCUCUUUGUGUUUGCUCUCUGCUACUUACCAAUCAGUGUGCUCAAUAUCCUGAAACGGGUUUUUGGGACCUUUAAGAACACAAACGACCGAGAAACAAUAUAUGCAUGGUUCACUUUUUCACACUGGCUAAUAUACGCAAACAGUGCAGCAAAUCCUAUCAUCUAUAAUUUUUUGAGUGGGAAGUUCCGUGAGGAGUUUAAAUCAGCAUUUUCUUGCUCUUGUUACGGGCAACAGAAAGACAACAAUACAAGGAUGAGGACGCGAGCAAACAGAGACAGCCGGAAGUCCAUGUCAACCCAAGUUAAUAACGUGGACAACUUAUCACGGCUAUCAGACCAGAUUGUGUAGACUUUAAAUGCAUGUGAGAGGUUUAAAAAUCCAUCUCCAGGACACGGAGAUAGCAAAGAAUCACCCUGAAGAAUGUAAAACCUCUCUAAGGACUUGCUACAAAAGAGUAAAUGGGACAUCAGUGAACAUUUUCAAAGCGCUUUCAAAAAUUAUUUUCUGGAGACUGUGAUAAAAUCUGUUUAAUUUUAAAAGAUAGAUUUCUAUAAACUGUAAAUGAUGCAACAUUAAUGUUCAAUGUUUUUUUUGCUACACAUAUAAAUAGGUUCCAGUUUUUUCCAUAUUAAAACUGCGUUGACUUUAAAAAUAUAUUUUGUUUCAGCAAUCAAUAUAUUUAUUUAUUUACUUAUUUAAUUAUUUAUUCUACUCUAGUGGAAGAGUUGUGGCUGAAAAGAUCAAGUCCCUUGCUUCCCUUUUAGCUAGAACAUGCAAACCGCAGAAGUCAGAUUUUUGAAUCUUAAACUAUGUAAAAAGGCAAUUUCCUACUUUAUGGAAAUAACAUUUUGUGUGGAUGUUUCAGGGUAUCUUAAGGUAGUCUUAUUAACUUUGCGAUCAUUAGAAUGUAUCCUCCAGAAAAGUAUGUCAGGCUGCUAAAGAAAGAAAAAUCUAUUAACAGGCAGGUAGCAGGGCAGAAGUAUUUACAUCCACUGAAACAUGCAAAUUUUCAAACCAAAAGGAAAAUUAUUUGGGUUUUUUUGUUGUUUUUCAAAUAUUUCUUUAUUUUAAAAAAUUGGAAGGUGGUAAUGUGUUAACCAAAACCUUCAUCAAAACCAGGGACAAGGUUUUGUCCUUGUCUAAAAUUUUUCAUUUUCUC